CGAGCCAGCGGCGCCUCGCCCGCUCCAAGCGCGCGUGUGUGUGUGUGCGUGCGGGGGCCCUGGAGAGCUCGCCACAAGCACCGAGAGAUGGCGGAUCCAUAUUCCUUCAGAGGUGGAAGGAGAGCUGCAGGGUCCAGCAAAACCAGCGCAAGCAAAGAAGGCAGUAGGACAGAGAUGAGGGUAAAUCCGACCCCUGAGCCCCCCAAGCUGGGAAAUGCAACCAGCGACAAAACAGAAGGCAAGAAGAAAGGGAGACCUAAGGCAGAAAACCAGGUGCUGAAAGACAUUCCUCUGCCCCUGAUGAACCAGUGGAAAGAUGAGUUCAAGGCCCAUUCCAGGGUGAAGUGCCCCAAUUCAGGCUGCUGGCUGGAGUUCCCCAGUAUUUACGGCCUGAAGUACCAUUAUCAGCGCUGCCAAGGGGGGGCGAUCUCGGAGAAGCUGACUUACCCUUGCUCUUACUGCGAAGCUGCCUUCACAUCCAAAACCCAGCUGGAAAAGCACAGGCUCUGGAACCACUUGGAUAGGCCGGUACCAGCUAGCAAAGCAGAAAACAAAGUGCAGAAAGCCGUUGGCAAGGCCAGUGGCAAGAAAAGAGCUGCUGAGAGUUCAGAUUCCCCCACCAUCCAUCCCAAACAGGCCAAGGUGGAGAAGACUGUGGUCCCCGAGAAUGGAGAGUGCCUGGUGGAGAGCAGGAAGAACAAAGUAUUUCAGAUCACGGCAGCGGAGGCCGUAGCAGCAGCUACCCCGACGGCCAAGUCUUCGAGCUGCAAGGAUCCCAAACAGCAAGGGGGCACGCAGGCUUCCCUCCAGGAGGAGGACCCAGAGAGGAUGAAGCACAGAAGGAAACAGAAAACUCCUAAGAAAUUUACCGGGGAGCAACCGUCCAUCUCGGGGACGUUUGGAUUGAAAGGCCUGGCAAAAGCAGAGGACAAGGCAAAGGCCCAUCGAGCCAAGAAACUGGAGGGGACCAGCAGCACGGAUGAGCUGAAAAAGAAGCCUCCAGGAGCUGGUGUGAAAAGGGAGGCCGUGGCGCAUUUAUCCUCAGCAAACCCAGAGGACCAAUGGCAGCGGGAGAUCAAUGAGAAAGGAGAAGUUGCCUGUCCUACGUGUGGCGUUAUAACCAGGAAAACCAUUGUUGGGCUCAAAAAGCACAUGGACGUCUGUCAAAAACUGCAGGACGCUUUGAAAUGUCAACACUGCAAAAAGCAGUUCAAGUCCAAAGCCGGGCUCAACUAUCACACCAUGGCUGAGCAUGUCAACAAGCCUGGUCCUGUGGAAACCGCUGGAGUUGGUGAACAGGAAGAGCGGGAAAGGCUGAGGAAAGUGCUAAAGCAGAUGGGGAAACUGAAAUGCCCCAACGAGGGUUGCACAGCCAACUUUUCCAGUCUGAUGGGGUACCAGUACCACCAGAAACGGUGUGGGAAGCAGCCCUCCGAAGUGGAGAAGCCCAUAUUCACCUGCCCACAUUGCAGGAAGAAGUAUAAAUCCAAGGCGGGACAUGACUACCAUGUGCGGUUGGAGCACACUUCUUCGCCUCCUGAGGAGCCAAAGGUGAAGCCAGAGGCCAGCCCAGUAGAAGAUUUUGAAAGGACUCCUAGUGGUAGAAUCCGGCGCACAUCAGCCCAAGUAGCGGUCUUCCACCUGCAGGAGAUAGCUGAGGACGAACUGGCCAAGGACUGGACCAAACGAAGGAUGAAGGACGACCUGGUACCUGAAACUAAGCGACUAAAUUACACCCGGCCGGGGCUUCCGAAGUUAAAUCCGAGGCUGUUGGAAACCUGGAAAAAUGAAGUGAAGGAGAAAGGACACAUCAACUGCCCCAAUAACAGCUGUGAAGCCAUCUACUCCAGCGUUUCUGGCCUGAAAGCCCACCUGACUAACUGCAACAAGGGAGACCACUCUGUUGGGAAGUACCGGUGCCUUCUCUGCCAGAAGGAGUUUAGCUCAGAAAGUGGAGUCAAGUACCAUAUCCUCAAGGCUCACUCAGAGAACUGGUUCCGAACCUCUUCAGAGGCGGCCCGGAAGAAAAAGAACAGGGACCAGAUUUCCUCCAGCCAGGAGGAGAAAAAGAAAAGCACAACUGGAAAGAAAAGGGGGAGGAAACCCAAGGAAAGGCCCCCAGAAAUGUCUCCGAAAGGCAAAGAGAGCUCGGCAGCAAAGACUAAUCAUAAGAAAGCCACAGAGCCCUGGGAAGGAUCCAACUGCAGCCCCGAAGGGAGAGAGAGAGGCACCAAGCUACCCACCAACAGGAAAGGGGGAGCCACACAAACAGCUGCAGAGCAAAGGAAACAGCCCGAAAUGCACAUCAGUAAAAUGAAUGUGAGCGCAAGAUUCAGUGCAGAGUUUCAAAUGUGUUAGGUGUGUGCACCUGCAUGUCUAAUUUGCAUGCACUAUUACUGCAAUUGUGUGCACACAGUGGGUAUCUGCACGUGCAAAUUCACCUGAUGGGCUACUUGUGCACACAGUUUCCAUGAUUGCACCUGCAGCAGCAGCCAUUGUGCAUGCAAGUUGGGCACUCAUUUGCACACUGGGACAUGUAACCUCCAGAGUCAUCAAUACACUGGGGAGAAGAAUAUCAGAAAUUUCUGGAGAAGAAAAAGACCAACUGGCCCAACGUGGCAGCCAUGUUAACAUUUUUCGUACUGCCCCGGUCUCAAGCUUUUCCAUUCCUUUUCUCUCUCCGGAAGCAAAGCUUGGCAUCUCUGGAGCUCAUUUCUGCUAUCGCUGCUGUUCCCCACAGUUUGCUCUAUGUGUUCGUCACACCCGUGUCUGAUAGUCCUGCCAGGGUUCCACAUAUACUCCUAGUUUCCCACUUUCUAGAUUCUUGGUAAUGAACUGAAGCCCGAUGGCCAAGAAUUCCCAAGACUGCCCUUCCCCCGGACGCAAGGAUAGCCAAGCACGAGGCCUCUGAUCUGACUGAUCGUUUAAUGGUCAGUGACAUAUUUUUCAUAGUAGUUCGUUCCCUUCUUUCACUUUCCAUUUCUGUUCGGUGCUGACUCUCGCUCUCUCUCUCUCUCUUCCAAUGUUCAGCUCUCCAGCUCUGGCCAAGGAGGGCUGGAGAGAAUUUCCUCCAGAGCCCGGCAGUGUCAUUCAGUGCAUGGGAGCUUUCUGUAGAGCAACGUGAGGCUUAUGUUCCCUGCCCUACUCAGUUCUCAGGGACCUAAGUGCGGUGCCAGUGCCUGGCCACCAUGCUUGGACUGCCCAACCAGUGAAAUCUCCAUCUGUCCAUCUUGGGCAUGUCUAAUGCCUUAGUAUCCGGGUACCAAUGUCACUGGUGGCUGAAGACCAAAGGCCAUGUGCUGGCCCCCGCGACAGCCCUUUUGCACUGCUCUGACCUGGCAAAGGGACCAUAAAACUGCCCUAACUGGGCAACUUGGGAUUGCCCGGAUAUGGGGGAAUCUCUGGGUGGUAGAGUCCAGCAUAGUCCCCCUAGCAGAUCCCCUGCCUCAGUUCCUACGCUGAGCAAAGCUUGGCCGGAUCCAGGGAUUGGGGCCCAAACGUUGCAAAUGCAAUUAGCUCCUUGCUGGUAGCCAAAAGCCAGGAAAUAUAUUCCUAAGUCAUUUUAUAGUUGCUAUUGGUAGCUUCAGUGACUGUUAGAAAACAUCUGGCCCUUCUGCGUGCAUGUGGGGCUGUGUGAGUAUUACACACCGGACUCUGUGUCUCAUCAAGGUCUGAUCUGUUCCUGCUCGGCAAGCACUACGCCAAUCGACUGCGAGGGGAGCUUUUCCUAACUAAAGACGUGCCAGACUGGAAUCUCCAGUGGGAGCUCAGGUCAGUGUGGGGGUGGUAGUUCAGAAACAACCAGAAGAAAAACAUUCUCCGUAGCACUGCAGUCAAACCUAUUAAAUAGAGAGGUAGAGAUCCUCAGCUGAUGGAAAUCGGUGUAGUUCCGUUGUUGUGAACAGCUGCACUGAUCUACGCCAGGAAGAUCGCAGUAGCACUUAUUCUAUGUACAGUUAGAUACCAGGGUUACUACCAGAUCCCUCAUAUGGGGAAUGUGCGCGUAAUGGCGUCCACUGUGUGCAGAGUGGGUUUGUUUGGGUGUUGCUCGUUUCAGAUUGUUUUGUGUGUGUGUUUCUGUUUUACGGCACUUUGAUACACAUAUGGAGCCGGUAAUCUGUGCAUUUGCCUAUCCAAACUGGGUGACUGUGUCCACAAACGGCUGCUGGUGUGUGCAAUUACCUGUGCAUGUGUAUGAACUCGUGGUUUCCCAGUGGUAGAUAGAUUUUGUGUGCACGCACCAGCGCACGCAUGACCUAAGCCACAUUGUUUGAAAAGUUUGCCUCCAAGUCCACAUUGUCUCCCUGUGGGAGUAAAACAUAGAAUAGAAUCUCAGGGUUGGAAGGGACCUCAGGAGAUCAUCUAGUCCAACCCCCUGCUCAAAGCAGGACCAAUCCCCAGACAGAUUUUUACCCCAGUUCCCUAAAUGGCCCCCCUCAAGGAUUGAACUCACAACCCUGGGUUUAGCAGGCCAAUGCUCAAACCACUGAGCUAUCCCCCCCCCAACAUUUGGAUGGCAAUUUUGGCCUUGAUGCUCAUUACCACCAAGGCCCCUUUACCCCACGCUGGCAGUGUAAAAAGGGGCUGUUAGUGCAAAUGACAUCAGACCCUUUGAGAUCAGCAACCCCCUAUGAUCCAAGGUGCUGCCUGCAGCUCCAGGUUCGGUUAGCUCCAGGUUGGUAGCAAUGCCAGCAGGGCGUUGGCCACUUCUCCAGAUACCGCAGCUUUGCAGCACAUCUAUUUAAAACCAGGAAGCUUUUGAAAUUGACAUUUUAGCCCAGAUUCUGCCCUCUGAGAGACGCAGGCAACUCCUACUCACUGAAUCUUGCCACAUAAACCUUUGUGACGUGCCUUUCGACUGGUUUUGCUCCUUUGCUGCUUCUGUUAAAACCCGCGUGUUAACUGCAAAAGCCGUUUUUAAAGUAUUAUCUUUACCUCACGACUUGGUAAUAAUCAAAGGCUGAAACGCUUAUCGCAGAGCUCGGGGGGGUUGGGGGGGAGGAGAGGAGGGUUGUGUCCUUUCUAUUUAUCAGUCAUUUCUAUAUUUCAUGUGCAGUUUCCAUGCAGAAGAAACGGCGGCAGGGUGUCACUGUGACCUUUAUCUUCACGAGCCAGGGGAAUGACAGCUUGUACCUGUUCUGUAGCUAUGAUUAGUUCAUGGAAAGAGUUCUAGACAGAGAGGUCAGGAACUGGAAAUAGCCCAAACAAAGGUCCAGAUCCUCAACUGAUGUCAAUGCCUGGAGCGCCAUUGAAGUCAAUGUCAGUAUAUGCUGGCUGAAGAUCUGAACCACAGUUCAGUUCGGAGUUCUUUGGGGGUCCUCUCUCCUCUCCCCUCCUUCCCGCUCCCAGGGCCUUGAUUAAAGAGCUCCCAUCUCUCCUCUGAGCGGGAGUCAGCUGAUGCCCACAAACUGUAUUGGGGGUGCAUUUUCCCAGUUAGAUGCUGCCGCCCUUUGUGUCUUGCCCAUCUGCUGGUAGUUGGCUUCAGAACCUUGCCAUAGAUCAGUCAGUCCAGGAGCAGCCAGAAAACAGGAAAAAUCAGUUAUAACACUGAGGGCCAGAACCUCAGCUGGUGUACAUGGACCUACCUCCAUUAGCUUCAAAGGAGCUGCACUGAUUUACCCCCGCUGAGGAUCUAGCCCUGUGUCAUUGGCAGUUGCAUUGCAGGGAAGGGAGUGGAGACCCUGUUAGGCUAACUAUAAAACUUGGCCAGGAGAGGAGGAUAUUCUAAUUCUGAGAGUCAGUGUGGCCAAGUGGGUAGUGCACUGAACUGAGACUUGGGAGAGCUGGAGCUCUAGGCCUGGCUUUGCUGCUGGGUGGCACUUGGGCCAGUUAUGUCCCUGCUCUGUGCCUCAGUUUCCCCGUCUGUUAAAGGGGGAUGAUGGUACUGACUCCUUUUGUAAAGUGCUUUGAGAUCUACAGAUGAAAAGAGCUAGUUAUAAUAGGAGUUCUGACUGUAGCUUUUAUCACUGCUGUUUUUUCAGAGAUUCACUGACUGCAAUAGAUUAUGUGAAUUUUGAUAUUUACCAUCCUGGUGUAUGUGUCUUUGCCAUCUGUGAAAUUUCCAGUUGCUAGUUGUGACUAGUGGUACCAUAUUUUAUACCCUUAUUAUACUCUUUAUUGUCAUAAAUACUGGACUCUCUGGUGGUAAGGUUUUCCAUCAGGGUUCGAGUUUUGGAUUUAAAUCUCGUUGAGCCUUUAAUUGAGCAGAAAGUUUUUAAAGUUGGUUGCGAGAGGGUUGGUUUAUUGUUCUUGCUGGGGGUGUUUUUUCCCCAGGGCUGAAGUCUGCAUUGGUCCCUCCACCAUCUUGGUUUCAUUCUGAGCGAGGAAGUGUUUUAUUGUUGGAAGAAGUUCAGAAAGUAGCUGGAAGAACAUACUGUAAACAUGGAGCGAGUAUAUAAAUCUGGAUCCCAUCCUGCUUCUGUUGAAGCCGAUGGGAGCACUGCCAUUGGCUUUACUGGGAUGCGGAAAAUCAUGUCCAGGUUCCACUCAUUAAAAGUCAAUUCUCAUGAAAAAGGAAACAUAUGGGGGCUUGUUCUGCAGCGAGGGGGGCCCCAUUGAUUUCAAAGGGAGGGUCAUUCAUGGAGUGACUCAGGGUUAGCAAUGACUCUGGACUAUAUUAUUCCUCUUGCAGCCAAUCAUGGUUGGCCAUGUAUCAACAGAAACAGUGGCGUCACUUACACUCAUCAGGGUUUUAACUGCUUUUCUGCUUGGUUCUGCUAGAUCAUCAGCUGGACCUCGCUUCCAGGAUUGCUGUAUCUGUCCUGGAUGCACAGGGCAACGCUGGCAUAUGUACUGCCUUCAUGGCCCUGAUAUAUUAGAGUCCGAUCCAGUUCCAUUGAAGUUAAUGGAUGUUAGAUCCUGUCCUCAGCCAGCAUGGAAGCUGGGGGGGAAAAAACCACUUCUUAGAAACUUUGGUUUCAAUGGGAGCUCGGUGCCUAAAUAUCUUUGAGAGUCUGAGCCAUCAGGCCUCCCCCCAUUAUCUGCCCUCUGGAAUCAUGCCUAUUUAUAACAGCACAGGUGUUAUAACAGCACAGUGAGCGUGGCAUGGUACUUUAGAGUGGGAACGGCUAGGGCUCUUUGAGACGUCCCAUCGGAUUCAGGUACUAAAAUCCUAAUACCUGAAUCCCUACCCGAGUAGGGCCCUACCAAAUUCCCGGCCAUGUAAAACACGUCACCGACCAUGAAAGCUGGUCUCCCUCACUGAAAUCUGGCUGUAGCAGGGGAGAGCAGAUUUCACGGCGCUGACUGGCUGGAGACAGCGCUGCCUUCAGAGCUGGGCUUCCAGUCAGCAGCCGCCGCUCUCCACCCAAGUCUGUUUCAAGGCCCUCCUUCCCCUAGGCUGGGUCAGGGACCUGCCCUAAGUGCCGGUCUCUUUCAGGCUAUGAAAUCCAAAUGCCGUCACAGCUCCGGGCAGUGCCGUUAGCCGGGUGUGCAUCUGCGUGGGUCAGGCUAAGCAUUGUGGCUAUUGCUCAGAAGGAGAAUGAGCCGAACUGGGGCAUGGGGAUGGGGUGAUGGUGGGGAACCUCUAGCCAGAAUGCGAGGAAGGGGUAGGGACGUGUUGUUUAUUUCCUGGCGCCGUCCCUCCCCACCCCCCCCACCAGUCUUCACCAGGGAGCUGGCCAAAUAACCCAGCCUGGCGUCAGACAGGUGGUGCUGAUGUCCAUGACACGUGCUUCCCUCCACAUUCUCUCUAGUCUUGAUGAUAAGAUGCUGAAAGGCUGUUUGAGCCGUUUGCUUUCAGUCACUCGUGGACGUGAGGAUGUGCAAUGGCUCCCCCUCCUGGGAAGGCCAGUUCUAUAGCCAGCCUCGAGAGCAAUCGUGAAUUCUCGUUAAACAGCAGCGGGGCCACCUGACAAUUCCUCCCCCAACACAGGCUAAGCCAAUACAUGCCCCCCCCAGGAAGCGUUUCUGAUCAUAGUGGGGAAUAGUGCCUUUAGGGACAGCCUGCAAACCUGUUCUUUCUUGCUGGGUCAUUUCUCCUUUAGGCUUCUCAGAUGAGAAACCCCAACCUUGGAUACUCAAAAAUGGGCUUAGGUGAGUGAGAAAUGCGGAGGGAUGUAAAAAGCUAGAUACGAGCCCAAAAUGUAAGGCUCAACGCCAGACAUCCCCAAAGCUGGGGUGUGUUUGGAUCCAGGGGUUUGGUUUGGUUCUUGCUAUCUUCAGCAGCAGAAAAAUGGUAGCAAGGCAGAGCAAAAGCCAUCUUGACUCAAUAUGGUAAGGAACCAGCAGAACUCGGUUAAGGAUUCAAACCGGUAUGCAGCCCUCUCUGAACCCAGCAGCCAGUUACACUUUCCAGCCGGGAGCAAUUACAGCAGCAGAAUGGGAAGCACAGAGAGAGAGGGAGUUAUUUUCUUAGCACAUCAUGGAAAAGAAUAAAGUUCAGUAUCUGAGGCCCGAGAGGCGUCGAGUCAAGUUCACUUCUUCCCUGGACAUGGCAGGGAGCGGGGCAGUCAUCAUCCGCAUUGCUUGUUAUCAUAGCACCUUCAUUGCAGUAACUUGCAUUGUCUUCAGUUGUGACGCUUCUUUUAAAGUCAUGAAAUUCACCGUUUUUCUGGGAUAGUCAGAAAAGCCACCCAGACCCGGCUCCUUUCGAGCCCUUUUCAUUCUUUGCUGGAAUUGCACAACUCUCAGGGGUUUAAAGGAAAAUGGCUAAUUUCUUUGCAGUGCAAAGGAGGCAGAUACCGGUCAGUUUCACUCGUGUAAGUCCUGAGUGGCUGUGAGCAGGAAUUCGGCCCAAGAGUUUGAUGAACUGCAGGAGCAGACUUUAAGUGGGGGAAACAUUCAAAGGACUUUUUUUAAUCACCUGAAAAAUACACCUCUACCCCGAUAUAACACGGAUUCGGAUAUAACGCGGUAAAGCAGCGCUCCGGGGGGCGGGGCUGUGCACUCCGGCGGAGCAAAGCAAGUUCGCUAUAACGCGGUUUCACCUAUAAUGCGGUAAGAUUUUUUGGCAUUAUAUCCGGAUAGAGGUGUAAUAACUGCAUAAUAAAUCUUUAUUUAAGAAAAUAUUAUCGUCCAUGGCUCACGUUUUCAACAGGCACCCGAGCAGACGUCUUACUACCAGAUUUGCGCAUUCAAAUCUCCAUUUGCACAUGCAAAUCUCCAUUUGCUUGCACAAUUGCAGCUAGUUAAAUAGACAACUGGAGUUUGUGGAGGCCAGCUGAAAAAUUGAGCCUAUUUCUUUCCAUCCAGCACAGCCCUCCCCAUAUGUAGGUAUCCCUAGAAAACAAUCGACAGGGUAUGAAAUAAGGAAGGACCGCAUUUUCAGAAUUUGGCCCCCACAGUAUUGGUGAACUGGUGGGAGCAUCCAUUUGUGCAUUCAAAUGAGGUAAAUGCACUGCACGGAUGACUGACUAGAUGCACAGGUACUCAGUCUGCAUACAUCCAUAGGUGCACCGUUUUGUAGGCCACUUUUGAAAUUGUGCCCCUCCAUGUCAGUGCUGGAUACACCAGUCCUAGUGUCUGGUGUUGUCGUUAGCUUCCUGUGGUUGUUACUUUAGCACUUUACUCUGCUGCAGGAAGGGGAUCUGCUUGGAGCGAAUAGCACUUCCAGGCUGGGGGAUUAAGUUUAACAUAGGUGGGGAUUAAAAUAACGUCAGAUGCACCCCAAAUUAAGAUCAGGGCUUAGAUGUAGAAUGAGAGUUUCAAUAUAAAAUAACCUGAAAGUAUUUCAGAGGCAUGUUCUUUUGGCCAAGGUAAAAGGUAAAAUACAGUAUCCGUUUACUCUCUAAUACCUCUUCUAUCUGGAAACGGGACCAAAUGCUGAUCUCAUUUACGUUGGCACAAAUCUGAAGUAACUCCAGUUCCCUUUCAGUCUAUGAGAUUUACUCCAGAUUUAGGCUGGUGCAGAUCUGGCUUACCUCCCACCGUGGCAAUGGGAUGAAUUCACUAGGACAGGUCCUAACCCCUACUCUAGCUUCUUUGUGCUGUACUAGUGUUGCAAAGAGUCUGUAAAGCUUCCAUAAAAUGGCAGCUGACGAUUCCCCUAACAUGGGGGAAAUUCCUGGCUGGCAGAGAGUUGGCUUUACACAUCUCUGUGCCAGCCCUAACUUGCCCCCUCUCAUCUUCAGCUAAAGGAGGGCGUUCCAACAAUGCCUACCAGUAUAGCAGUUUUUGGACAGCUCUUACAAGCUGGUGCAAGUUAGAGCAAACUUGUGGCUGCUCUAAAUUGUGCUGGGAACCAAAUCAGCCCCAAGGAUCAGGGGAGCACAAAGGUGGUAUACAGCCCCUAUACCUACCCGCCUCCUUUGGGUUCUGCUCCAAGCACUGGACCUGAGAAUGAGCUAAUGGAUCUUUUCCAACUCUGAUGUCUGUGAUCUGUUAGCUCUGUCUUUGGGCUCCUGGCUACCCAGGUACAAGAGGUGCAAAAAAGAACAUCCAAACAUUGCAAAAGGAAGCAGUGGUUUUAUGUUGGAAUUUCGGUUUUGCCAAAGAAAGCCUGCUUCUGCCACACGAGCACUGGACAAAAGGUUCUGCUCAUUCACCUUCCCCUCCAUUAGGGACCUUUAUAUCGCCAACUUCAGAGCAGAUCAGAAGGAAAAGUCAGCACAUAACUAGAGAGCUGGAAUGAUUGUCACUGGACUCUGAGCUCUUACACAAACAUAACUCCCCCCAAAGUUAACGGAAGUAUUAUGCAUAUAGAGGUUGUGGGAAUGGGACCUUAGAUGUAAGUCCCAGACAAGAUGCCGAAUGGCUAGUAGGCUGAGUUCUGGUCAGACAUACACAGGAAACCACGACUGACCUCGCAAAGGGCACCACAGUGAAUGGCCUCUCUGGAGUUGAUCCCAAAUACACCGAGGGAGAGAUUUGCCGAAGCAUUCUGUGGGUUUUUUGCAUCCCCCUUUUUUUUUUCUUUUUUUUAACCAUUAACCUCACCAGGAGCAAGGUUCGAUGAUUGCUGGGUGCUUUUCAAAAUCCAACCCUGACGUUUCACAAGCUGUAGGCGAGAUCAGUCCAUUUCGUAUCACCUUAGGGAAAUUCCUUCCAGAAACUCAACUGAUCACGUUUUAAUCUGAUCUGUGUUUAAUCCCCAAUAAAACUGACACUCGUCAGGUUUUGUGGGUGUUCAUAGGUUUUUCCUUCACAAUAAGGCAUGACACACACAACACCGUUGCAAGGCUCCCUCUUGCAUUUUGAUUUCCUCUUCAGGCCUCCGUGCUCAGCGGGUUUGACACAUUUUGUUAUGUUUUCUAACCCAGAAUAGCUCUGUACAUGGAGAGGCAAGAAACCCAGGAUCUGGGUUAGAGCAAUGGGUGGCAAGCAAGGGCCCAUUUCAGUAGGAUUUGUGGAGACCUUACCAAAAAAUCCAAUAGCUGGGAACGUUGCAGAUGAACAGGGCUUUCGCCCAAACUGAGGGAAUUAAGCUGAUCUCGGGUGCAAGUCAAGCUCUUGACAUCUUUAUUCCGCUUAUUCUCCAAAGGAAACUGAGGCAGGGAAGCUGUGGCCAUCCUAGAGGUGCAUCUCAAAAGCCAAGCUAGAAAUACCUGUCUAUCGCCUCUGGGCCAGGCCACGGAAUAGCAUGUUGUAAUAGCUACAUUGUUCUGAAAACAGAGUUGGGAGCAGGGGUUCGGAGGGAGAUGGCCCCGAUGCCUUUAGACAUUGCUGGAAAGCUCCUGGCUUGCUCGGGUUGUGGGAUGCUUGGUGGAGAUUUUUGGAUGGGUAGGGGUGACUGGACUUUAUAGGAAACCCGCCAUUCAAAGGAAAAUAUUUACCAUCAUUCAGGCUGGCAAGGGAAUCCAUGCAUUGAUCCCUCUGGAUAGGGUGCUAUCUCACCCACGAAGCACCAGCCCCCUUUAUUAAUACUAGGUGGUGGCUAAUCAGAUGUUCUUUUCCUCCUCCUCCAUUUCAUUCCGCCUGUGUACCUGUAUAUAUGAGACAUGAGCCUACAACCAUUUCAGGUUGGUUUAAAAGGAGGAUGAGAUCCCGGAGCCAAGCUCG